AUGAAGGUUGAUGUCAGCAGGCAUGCUGGUAAUGGUAAUAUUGAAAAAACUAAUUUACCUAGAAGUGCUACUUUAUCCGGUCAAAGCGUAGAUAAUGAAAGUGAUAAUCGUCACAGUGCGUCUGUAUCACGAAGUGCAAGUGCCGCUGCAAAAGUUGCAACAACAAGUAUGAGCAAGUCAGAUACAAUGAAAUCGACGACAAGCAGUUCAGCAUCAAGUCGAGAACAUCAAACAAGUUCACUAGAUACUAUUCAAAAACCUAUUUCUGUAACUCGAACAGCGAGCUCGGUGUCACCCACACGAAAAGAAGAGAAAAAAGAGAAAAAAUCAAAAUUUCGUACACCAUCAUUUUUGAAAAAACGAAAAGACAAAAAAGAAAAAGAAAAAGAAAAAGAUAAUAAAGCCUAA